GCCGCGGCCUGGUCCCAGGGUGGACAGCUCGGCGCCGCGCCCGGCCGCUCUUUCUGUCUUUGGAAGUGACGGGCCGGCCAGCGGGCCGCCGAAAGCCGGCGGUCGCCAUUCCCGUUUCUCUGCGCCCGCGGGGGCCGCCCGAGCCGGCCACAAUGCCACUGGGCCUGAAGCCCACCUGCAGCGUCUGCAAGACCACAUCGUCCUCCAUGUGGAAGAAGGGCCCGCAGGGGGAGAUCCUCUGCCACCACUGCACGGGCCGGGGCGGCGCGGGCGGCGGGGGCGCCGGCUCGGGGGCGGCCGGCGGGACGGGGGGCAGUGGCGGCGGUGGCGGCUUCGGCGCGGCGACCUUCGCCAGCACCUCGGCCGCCCCUCCGCAGAGCAACGGGGGCGGGGGCGGCAAGCAGAGUAAGCAGGAAAUUCACAGGAGGUCUGCUCGGCUCAGAAACACUAAAUACAAAUCUGCUCCAGCUGCUGAAAAGAAAGUUUCCACUAAAGGAAAAGGGAGAAGACAUAUUUUUAAAUUAAAAAAUCCCAUCAAAGCCCCUGAGUCAGUUUCCACCAUAAUCACUGCAGAAUCAAUCUUCUACAAGGUGAGCAUCUGUAGUUACUGA